UUCACUGCAAAGAUCCAAGCCAAAGUGCGACCAGACCCCAAAAGUCGUGCGGGAUGGAAGAGGAAAAUGACUUGCCUGACGAAAUGGAGAGGCUCAGGCAAGCUGUAGACGCUGUCAAUGAGAAGCAGCUAUCGCUACGAUCAGCCUCUACGAGGUUUGGUGUCAGCAAAAGCAAAAUCCAUCGCCGUACAUCGGGUCAAGUAGAGCUGACCUCUCGGAAUGGUCCAGAGCCAAUUUUGUCUCCUGGUGAGGUUAGCGGCGUUGUGAAAGCGGUGACUAUGCCAGGAGGUUUGGACGGAUCGAUGUUUGCCGCAAGUGAAUCAGCAUUUCUCACGACCAAGCUGUUUAUCCAGUACUUCGAGCGUGGGAUAGAUGAACUCAAAGCACAAACUCGAAAGCGAAAGGAGAGAUCAGAGCCUGAAAAGUUUGUUCCUGGCGGCACCCUGAUGACAGCUGACGAUAUCUCGACAAUGGUUGCAAAGCAAGAGGAGAUGGCGCGGCUGAAACAAGAGGAUAAAAAACGCCGCCAGAUUGAGAGAGAACGCCGAGCCGUCUUGGUUAAGGCGGCGAAAGAUGAAGCUGCUCAACAGCGAAUGAAACGGGAAAAAGUGCUGGCUGAAAAGCGUGAGCAAGCGGAGUUGAAGCGCAGAGAAACAGACGAACGCAAGCUGAUGCGCGUGGAAGACCCACGUUUUCUGAAGCGUUGCGUACGAAAAUACGUCAUUAAGCUCCGUGUCCCGGGACCUGAACCAUCGUCUUUUCAAGUUGUCCAAGUGGACGUCAUGACCGUGUAA